ACGAAGACAUUUGGUUCGCGCUUUUCAGCGCUCACCAACUGCUAUUGCUUCUUUAUCCCUUUGCAUAACGACAUGAUCGUCUCCCCAUGGUUUUUCUACGCUUGACCGUCAAAGUCCCCCCUCGGGUGUCCCCUGAUAUCUACCGGCCUAGAAACAGCAACACAGACGGCACAACGACCAAUGGCGCCAAUGGCAAAACUAUUGCCUUCCUCGUGCCUGUUCCGAAUCCAGAAGAAAUCACAUUGGGCGGACUGGCAGGUUUGAUACAGGAGAAAUGGAAAAAACUUCGGCCAAACGCAAGUUCCUUGGAUAUUAAGAAAAUCCUCGAUGAACAGCACCCCGACGAGAAUCUUGACGUUGAUCUUACUGUCGCAGACGUGUUCGUGCAGCAUGGCCGCGCCGCUGCGGAUGGGCAAGACCAGCGCGCAACUGUGCUUGUCGUACAAAACCCAGUUAUCAUAAAUACAUACACUCGAGAAGACUCUGUCUUUCAGGACUGGACAGGUGCAGCAACCUCGUCCCAGAGCUUGUUCAGGCCAACAACUCACUCCUUUCGGCAACCCUCCAAAAUUCAUACGAUCAAAGAAGAUGAGCCAUUGUUAGAUCAUAGCUCAACUCGUACUGAUAAUGAGUUUCUGCGUGAUGGUUCCAACUACUCACACUACGAUAUACACGAAGCUGAUAUCCCAAUGAACUCCGUGGAAAGAGAAAAGCCUGAAGAUGUUCACGAACGCCUAGAAUCCCCAAGUUACAACGACGAGUUCGCUACCGAUGAUCGUGAAGUGCUGGAAAGCUCUCCAAAUCUUCCUCGUGAUGUCAGCGAGGAAUUAGGCGAUUCGCCAAUUCCAAAAAAUGCGCAUAUGUCGUACCUCGAGCGUAUCGAAGAAGAGAACACGAAAGCGUCCAGUGAAGGUCGGGGUGAAUCACAUGAUCCAAAAGUUGAGAAACAAGAGCCUACCGUCAAUGGUUCGGAGAAUGCGACUCGAAUCCAAGAAGCUCCGCAGUCGCACCUUGAAACAGUAACUCAUUCUGCCAAGGAUGCCUUGCCUAAUGGAACGGUGAAAAAUACGGCAACGUCAGCGACACCACAAACUGAUGCAACUGGCGACAUUGACAUGGUAGAUGCGAAUGGUUCUGCGGAAAAGCCUGUCGCUGAAACUACUCACCAAACGCAAUCACAAAAUCACCUACCCCGUCAUGGAGACACCAACCACACUCCGAACUCGGAUGAUAAAAUAUCACGAGAUACUACUACUACUAAAAGAAAGCGUCGGAGCUUGGACGAACUACCCCCUUCCAAAGAACCGCGGCUUGAGCUUACUACAAUACCCUCUACCCCGGCUUCCCGCAAAAAGCAACGCGCCGAGAGUAAUGGAAUCGUCUCGCAAGACGUGGAACCAACAUCCACCAUUAGACCGCGGUCUCGUGAGCGGGCCCCAUCUUUCUCAUCACCUCAAAAGGCUUUUAGAUCCUCUAUACGAGCUCCAAAUCUACCACCGGGCAGUUUGGGUCUAGGAAUAACCAGCAGUCCAGGGUCCCGUCUAUCAAAGAAAACGCACGAUGUAUUUGACAUUGAUAAAAGUGUCAGCAAAUCACUGUUUACACAGGAUAAGGAACUCGCGUUGAGUCAAUCGGUAGCCUCUACCCCAUCCAAAUUAGGCAUAGCAGCUGAGAACUCGACUGCUAACUAUCGUUCUGCAUUGCGGAAGAAGUCACCUGCUGAACGUAAUCAUAAUCGGCGGUCCAUUUCAUUUGUUGACGACGAGGUGGUUGAAACUACAUCUGCUAGAGAACCCCAGGUGACAUUUAAACCGCCGAACAUAGAAAGGCGUGUAGCAUCUCCUUCCGUCGGCGCCUCUGAAGGAUCUCGUUCAACUCCGCACCGGUAUACUAGCGUAUGGCCCCCCAAUGUACCAAGAGAAAGACUUGAAAAGUAUAUCGAGGAAUCGAAAUCCACGACCGAAAAUGAUCCCGAGGCUGUCAAAAACAUGGACAGUACCCAUAUUCAGCAAUCUAAACCAUCUGUGGCGAUUAAAGAUGAUUCCAAACGGAGCCUUGCCAAAUCAACCCAGCGAGGUAGCACUCCUUCAGCCGAACAUCCAUCAAGUUCAAAGAAGAGUGACAGCACAGGAAAGGCAGCAGGAGAGGCCGCUGGCGACCAUCCGAAGAAACCAGCCAAGAAGAAACAGUCGCAGCGCUUGUCCGACUUCGUUAAGGUUGACUAUGACUCUAGUUCAUCUGAUAGCGAUGAAAAUUCAUUGAAUCUCAGGAAGAGGAAAAUACAAGACUCGUCUUUUGCCGAUAACAACAUAUUGACUCCAGCUGAGAAGGCUCGGAAUGGGAUUAAGGUGCCUAGUGUUGUGGUUUCGAAAUCUGUCCUAGAGAGCCGCGCUCCUAUUACAACCGGGAAGAGAAAAACACCGGAUUCGUCCAUGACUGAUGACAAUCUCUUGCCUCAAACUGAGAAGGUUCGGAAUGGAAUCAAGGCGCCUAGUGUUGAAAUUUCGAAAUCUCUACCAGAGAAGCGUGCUCCAACUACUAAAACAAAGCCCAUGGCUAAGCGAACAAUUUCGACCAUGAAACCAGAUUUAUCUUCACAGAUCAAUCGCGCAUCAAAGUCACCGCCCCGUGAGCAUGUUAAGGGAGUUAAAGCAAGAUCAGUCUCCGAUGCAUCUCAGUCGUCCUUGGCGACAAAGCAGUUGAACUCUGAAUUGGAAUCGGCCCAUCACGAGUCGGCUGUCAAGUCCUCUUUGCCUGUUUCUACGGUUGACCCGGUCGCUGAAAAACCGGCCGGUGAUUCUAAGUCCUCGUCUAGCUCAUCUUCGAACUCAGACAACGAAUCUGGUACCUCUGGGCCUGGGUCUGAGUCUGAAUCUGGAUCUGAAUCGGAAUCGGAAUCCGAUUCUGAGUCUGCGCCUGAACCUGAGUCUGAGCCUGAGUUGAAAUCCGAUGUUAAGAGCAAGCCUAACGGUGCGCCAGUGGCUAAAUCCAAGCUUGAGGCCGAACCCUCUGGAGCGAGAUCACAACCCAAAUCGAAAUCUAAUUCCGAGUCCACCUCUAGCUCCGGCUCUGACUCAGAGUCUGAAUCGGACAGCGAUGGUGGUCUGUUUGCUCACAUGAAGGAAGACCAGAACGUGCCGAUUCCUAAAAAGCCAGACGUCAGUUUUUCGCAGCCCAUCUUCGGCUCCAGCAAUGGCUUUACUUCAGUUAAUACUGCCAAGCGCCAUACUUUUAGUACUCUUAGGGAGGAUAUGCGCAAAGAACAGGAGGCGCGCAAAUCGCAAAAUACGACCCCCGAUGCCAAUCAAACUCCCCGUCGUAGAGACAUUUUUGAAAUGCCAUCUGGCGAUGACAGUGACUCGUCAGACUACGAUGACGACAGCCAUAAUGAUAAUCGGGGCGAUAUUCUACCUACAGGGAAAGCAAGAUCCUUGUCACUUCGUAAGCAGAAUCAGCCGGCCCGUCGUUGACCGAUUUUUCCAGAGAAUAUCAACAGGUGUCGAUAUCAAGAAUUGCCCAAUUUGUCAGGUGCCUAGUUGAAAAGGGAGUGAUUUGGGGGAAUUCAUUGCACAUGUAUGAUUAAUAAAUUCUUCUAUGUACUUAUCCUUUUAAUACCCGGCACG